AUGGCAGACAUCAAGCAAAGAAUACACGCAAGCCUGCAACGCAGGUAUAGAUCAACUGAACACAUGCAAGCCUGCAACGGCAGGUAGACAUCAACUGAAUAACACAAGCAAGCCUGCAAUGGCAGGUAGAGAUCAACUGAAUAACACAAGCAAGCCUGCAACGGCAGGUAGACAUCAACUGAAUAACACAAGCAAGCAUGCAAUGGCAGGUAGAGAUCAACUGAAUAACACAAGCAAGCCUGCAACGGCAGGUAGAGAUCAACUGAAUAACACAAGCAAGCCUGCAACGGCAGGUAGAGAUCAACUGAAUAACACAAGCAAGCCUGCAACGGCAGGUAGAGAUCAACUGAAUAACACAUGCCAGCCUGCAACGGCAGGUAGAGAUCAACUGAAUAACACAUGCAAGCCUGCAACGGCAGGUAGAGAUCAACAGGAGAAUAUGUGUGAAACCUGCACUGCAAGUAAAGAUAAAUAG